AUGAGACCAUUAAAAUGGAUUUUUUUGUUUCUCCUUGUAUUUUCUGUCACAGCAGUGUGGUAUGUAGCUUUUUCUUCCAACACUGUGAUCGAGCAUACAAACCUCAAGUAUUUCUAUGAAUUUGAACCAAUUUACAAGCAACAUUACCUCUUUACACUGCGGGAGCGCUUGAAAUGCAAAGACAUAAAUCCAUUUCUGGUCAUCUUGGUGUCUUCACGUCCCAAGGAUGUGACAUCAAGGCAGGCCAUCAGGAUAACAUGGGGAUCUCAAAGCUUCUGGUGGGGACAUCGAAUUCUAACCCUGUUCUUGCUAGGUCAGGAUUCUCAAAGAGAAAACAAUGCUGCAGCCCUGUCAGUAGAAGAUGAAAGCAUCCUCUAUGGUGACAUAAUUUGCCAGGAUUUUGUGGACACUUACGACAAUCUGACCUUGAAAACAAUCAUGGCGUUUCGGUGGGUCACUGAGUUCUGUUCAAACACUAGGUUCUUCAUGAAGACUGAUACCGAUGUCUUCAUCAACACUUCUAACUUGGUAAAAUUUCUUCUGAAGCUAAAUUCCUCAGAAAAUAUUUUUACUGGUUAUCCUCUCAUCGAUAACUUUGCCUACAGAGGCUUUUACCAAAAAACAUACAUCUCGUAUGAUGAAUAUCCAUUCAGGUUGUACCCUCCGUAUUGCAGUGGGAUGGGCUAUAUCCUAGAUGGAAAACUGGCCCUGAGAAUUUAUGAACUGAUGAGUCAUAUCAAACCUAUUAAAUUUGAGGAUGUUUAUGUUGGAAUUUGUUUAAAUCUGCUUAAUGUGAACAUCAGUAUUCCAGAAGAUAACCAACAAUUUUUUCUUUAUAAAAUUAAUUUUGAUAUCUGUAAGUACAGGCAUUUGAUUGCAGUACAUGGCAUUACAUCAAGUGAAAUAAUCAGGUUUUGGCAGGAUUUGUCAUCAAACACUUCAGUUACUUGCCUUUGA